AUGAAGGAGCUUAUCCCACUAAUAGAUGGACGCCUAACAAUCAAACCAUACAAUAAUGCCGAAGGCAAGCUGAAUUAUCACUGUGUAGCAGAGUUUGUGAAGGUAGAGCAGCAACAACCAAAAGCUGUUGAGCUUAUAAUAAAAGCUGCUGCAGAUUCUAAUAAUAAUGCUGGACAGCAACUCCUUGUAAACAUGAAAAUAAUCAAUCAAGCAACUGGAGAUGCACUAUCUGACCUUCCGCUAGUAGAGGCUGUGCUAAGUGCUCGCGGAUGGUCUGUUAUGGACUGGGCUGCAGCCUGUACAGAUUUGCCUAACUGGCAACUCAGGAUCACUGUCAAGGAUCGUAAUUUAAUGAAGACUGUUGAUGCUGAGCGGAAAUGUGUAUCACCUUUGGGUCUUCAAGACAGAGUGGAUCAGCUUGUAUCUCAGUACCCCAGUGGAAGGGCUUUCGUUCGGCCUUCUGGCUCAGAGGAUGAUGUCCGUGUUUAUGUUGAGGCUGAUACUAGAGAAAAUUGUGAUAAACUGGCUCAGAAAGUAGCUGAAGCUGUUUUAGAAAAAUUGUGA